UCUCACUCUCACUCUCACUCUCCUUCCUUGCUUCCGCCAUUUUUGUUUGGUUUUGGGUAAAGAGAGUGAAAGGGAAGGUUCUCAUCUCAAUUAGGGUUUUAACAGAGAGAUGAGCCGAAGUUUGGGGAUACCGGUGAAGCUUCUUCACGAGGCAUCAGGACAUAUAGUGACGGUUGAGCUAAAGAGCGGGGAGCUAUACAGAGGAAGCAUGAUCGAGUGUGAGGAUAACUGGAACUGUCAGCUCGAGGACAUCACCUUCACCGCCAAGGAUGGUAAGGUAUCACAGCUUGAGCAUGUCUUCAUUCGAGGCAGCAAAGUCAGGUUUAUGGUCAUACCAGACAUUCUCAAGCAUGCUCCAAUGUUCAAGCGCUUGGAUGCUAGAAUCAAGGGAAAGAGCGGAUCACUUGGUGUUGGCAGGGGUAGAGCUGCAAUGCGAGGGAAAGCUCCGGCUACUGGGCGUGGAACGGGAGGAAGGGGAGCAGUACCACCUGUUAGAAGAUGAUUGAAUCUAUGCUUUAACAUUAGAUGAAUGAAUAAAGCAACGGACAUGCUUUACCCAAUUGAUUGUAACUUGUAAAUGAAGACAAAACUUUGGCCAAAUUGAAACAAGAUUAUGAACGUAACAAGUAGAUGACUUGGCUAUCAAGUACCAUGACUAUGUAACAAUGACUUGCAGAAUGUUUGAGACGUUCCUGAUUGGCAUCUACCAAAAUGAAGCACGUAAGAUUCUUUACAACACUUUCUUUACAUGUAAUUUUAAAGGUGAAUCUCCUUCACAAAUUGAAUGUUAUAUAAGGCUAAGGCAUGGUAUAAAAAAAGAAACAUUUGUAUCUU